AUGACUGUUGUUGUACAAACACGUGAUCGUUCAAUAUGUUGUCAAAAAUCUUAUGAUUUAUUUAAAAAUAUUGAACGUCAAAAAAUUCCAUUAAAUAAAUUAAAUCCAUAUCAAAUUAAAAUACGAAAUCAAACAGUUUGUUUUCGAGAUUUAAUUAUACGUUAUUUACAUACACAAAUACAUCAAACAAGAAAUUUUUCAAAUUUUAUAUGUCAUAAUUGUUCAAUGAUAUUAUUAGAUAUUGAACAAUGUGCAAAAUAUUUACCAACAUAUCAAAAGAAAAGACAACAACAAACAACAAUUAUUAAAGAAGAAGAAGAACAAUUACCUAUUAUAAAUUCAGAUUCUGACGAAGAAUUUGAUGAUAUUGACGAUGAAGAGGAGUUCGAUGAUGAGCAAGAUGAUAUUAAACCAAAUGUAUCAACUAAUAUAAAAUCUUCAAAUCAAUCAAAAUCUCUUCAUUUUACACCAUCAUCAUUAUCAUCAUCAUCCGGUAGUAAUUCUUCAUCAAGU